CCAUACUCAAGUCCUAGCCUCUACAGCACCUCAUAAUCCUCUGGUCAAGAUAACUCACCAACAUCCUCUGUGUGGCCUCUUACAUCACCACAAAAUACAAGCACCGCCUAUGAAUCAAUUUCUUUAUAUAUCUCACUUGUACAAACUAACUCACUCGCAACAAUUUAUCUAGCAAAACACAAUUUCCCUCAUGGACAACCUAGCUCAUCAGGACCUUCACUUCAUUUUGUUCCCUUUAAUGGCUCAAGGCCAUACUAUCCCCAUGGUAGACAUCGCCAAAUUGUUGUCUCAACGCGGCGCUGCUGUCACCAUUAUCACGACUCCUGUAAACGCUCUCCGCUUCCAGGCAACUGUCACCCGAGCAGUCCAAGGCGGACGCGAUAUCAGAGUUGUGGAACUGAAUUUCCCCAGUGAGGAAGUUGGUUUGCCAAAAGGAUGCGAAAAUUUUGACAUGUUAUCCACGCAUCUAUUAGGUGGACAAUUUUUUGCAGCAGCUAUCUUGCUGAGGGAAUCAUUUGAAACGUUCCUUAAGGAUGUGGAACCGCCUCCGAGUUGCAUGAUAUCUGAUAUGUGUCUUCCGUGGACAGCUGACGUGGCACACAAGUUUCACAUUCCGAGAAUUGUUUUUCAUGGUCCUUCUUGCUUUGCACUCUUGUCAAUGCAUACUCUGUUCACGUCCCAGGUGAUUGAUUCAGGAUCCUCUGAACGUGUUUUUGUGCCUGGCUUGCCUCGAAAAGUGGAAGUUAGUAAAGCUAUGGUUGAGGGGUUUGUAAAACCUUCAGCCUCAUCUAUGGACCCCUCUGUUAUGAAAGCUUUCCUUGAGCAGAUUUUAGAAUCCGAAAAGAAAGCGUUUGGGGUAGUGGCUAAUACUUUUGAGGAGCUGGAGCCAGAAUUCAUUGAAGAGUACGCGAAUGUCAAGGGUAAAAAGGUCUGGUCGAUUGGGCCAGCUUCACAAUGUAACAAAGACGUAUUAGAAAAGCUUGAGAGAGGUAACAAGGCCUCUAUCAGUGAACAUGAUUGCUUGAAUUGGCUAGGCUCACGCGAACCAGGCUCUGUGCUGUACGUGUGCUUGGGAAGUUUGGCUAGGCUCGCGACAUCCCAGUUGAUAGAACUAGGAUUGGCCUUAGAGGAAUCAGACCUCCCUUUCAUCUGGUGCGUGAGAUACAAGACAGAAGAAUUUGACAAGUGGAUCAUAGAAGAAAAUUUUGAAGAAAGAACUAAAGGAAAAGGCCUACUAAUAUGGGGCUGGGCGCCACAAGUUCUGAUACUGUCACACAAGGCUAUCGGAGGAUUUUUAACACAUUGUGGCUGGAAUUCUACGCUUGAGGGUAUUUCAGCAGGAAUCCCAUUGUUGACAUGGCCUUUAUUUGCGGAGCAGUUUCUCAACGAGGCUCUCGUGGUGCAAAUCUUAAGGACCGCGCUGAGUCUUGGUGCAGAGCGGCCUAUUCAGUUUGGAGAUGAGGAGGAGGUUGGAGUUGUGGUACAGAAGCAUGAUAUCAAAAUGGCUGCAUUAGAGUUGAUGGACGGUGGAGAUGAAGGAAGGGAGAGAAGAGAAAGAGCUAGAGCACUCGGAGAGAAGGCGAAAAAGGCAAUGGAGGAAGGAGGUUCUUCUCAUCGGAACAUGAAUCUCCUCUUACAAGAAAUAACAGCACAGGCUAAUGUAUAAGGGGCUGUCAUAUCUGCUGCAAGUUUAGUUUAUGUAACUUUCUGAGUACAUGCAAAGAAAAUUGCAUGUAUUCAUAAUACAUGUCUCAUGUAGUUUUCUCAAUUUCUAAGAACAUUGAUUUUACUUUUA